GUUUCAGUUCUAAAUAAACAAUACAAAAACAAACCUAAGAGCUUUCAAGAUUCCUAAAGUAAUUACAAGAAGAAAAGUCCACAAUGAAGAGAUACUGGUCAGUGGCACUGGUUCUUCUGCUACUAGUAGCUUUCUUUAGCAGCAAGCAUUGCGUAGAGGGACGUUCUCUGUUAAGGAUGACACAUUCUAGUAGUCAAGCUGUGAGAGGUUUGCAGACAAGCAAGGAGAUGAAGGAAGAAAAGCCGCUUAGAGGAGAAAAUGAUAGCUUUCGAAGAAUCCCAAGGACUGGCUCAAACCCUAGUCAGAACAAGUAUAACCUCCCUGUUGGUGUUCAAGGAAGUAGGAAACAGCAGAUCACAGCAGCAACAAAACCUUAA